AUGGUCGCUUCAAGGACCAAACGGAACACUGUAGAUGAUGACCCUUUGACUCGCGCGAUAGCACCUCCGCCAAACGAGACCGAGGCCGAGAGGGAAGCUCGUUUAGCAGCAGAACAAUUGGCAAAGAAGAGAUCAGACCAGAUCGACGAAGAAAUCAACCAGCAGCGUCUAGUUGAAAAGAGGGAGCAGGCUUCUGUCAAAGUGUUGCUAUUAGGUCAAAGUGAAUCGGGGAAAACGACCACAAUCAAAAAUUUCCAACUCAUAAGUCAACCAAAGGCUUUCCGUUCAGAACUACCACUAUGGAGAGCAAUAAUCCAACUGAACGUUACACGCUCCAUUCGCAUCAUACUGGAUGCGAUGUCUACUGCUCAAACUGCAAAUCUCAAUUUAACCUCGACGUCCACUACCACUCCCCUCCCUCCUCCCAACUCAGAUUAUUCCCCUAUCAGUCGUCCAUCGAGUUCAUAUUCACCCAGACAAGCACUUCCCCAAGUGCCGCUACUCACCCCAGAACAGUUAAAGUUAAAAAUGCGCCUAUCUCCCCUAACCCAAGUAGAAGAAGCUUUGAUGCGCAGACUGUCACCCUCGUCGCCGGCCGGAUCACUUGCCUUAUUGUCUACAACAACUUCCUUUCCUUUUCCCAGUAAUCGUUCGAAAGAAAUCACUGUUUACUCUGCCUCAGGGUGGAAGGGCGCUUUUGCCAAGUUCGUGGCUGGCAUGACGAGGAGUAGCAUGGAUAGUCAAGAUAUAAAUUUUGAUGAUCCUGAAGACCCGGGGGUGAUCCUUCAUAAUUGUUCAGAAGACAUGGUCAAGUUAUGGAACGAUGAAGGUAUUCGUAGACUGCUGGAGAGCCAGAACCUGAGACUGGAAGACAUGUCAGGCUUCUUUUUGGACUCGCUGGAGCGCAUUACAGCGCUGAAAUACAUCCCCACGACUGAGGACAUCUUGAGAGCAAGAUUGAAAACCAUCGGUGUGACCGAGCAUCGGUUCGUAUUGAAAGCUGGAAAUAUGCUGAGCCGUGAUUGGAGAGUGUUUGAUGUGGGAGGUGCCCGUAAUUUGGUACCGGCUUGGGCACCAUACUUUGACGACAUGAAUGCGAUUAUCUUUUUGGCGCCACUCAGCUGUUUUGACCAGUCACUGGCCGAAGAUUACGGUGUGAACAGACUGGAGGACUCCAUUCUACUAUGGCGUUCGAUCGUCAAACACCCACUCCUCCAAAAGACCGAACUUAUUCUGUUCCUGAACAAAUGCGAUCUUUUGAAAGCUAAAUUAGAUUCCGGAACACAGUUUUCGCAUUGGGUGGUCUCGUACGGUGACAGGCCGAAUACGUUCGAGAGUGUAUCCGGCUAUAUGAAGAAGAAAUUUGGCACCAUACACAAGCAACAUUCUGAUAAACCUCGAACAUUUUACUGCCAUUUUACGUCCGUCACGAACGCACAGACAACGUUUCACAUCCUAGAGAAUGUCAGGGAUCUUAUCAUCAGGCAGAGCUUGACAACAAGUCAUUUAGUUUGA